CUUCCUCUCUCACUCACCGGUACCCCCGGAGAAGGGUGGUGACUCCGGAAGUGGGGCAGAGAAGGGAAACGGAAGCGCCGGAUGUGUGCGAAAGAGUGCGUGGAGUGCGGUGGAGAUUGCGCCGGCUGGGCUGUGAGGGGGGAAACAGCGCCAUGAUGGUGGAUUACAGCGUCUGGGACCAUAUCGAGGUGUCCGACGAUGAGGACGACACUCAUCCGAACAUCGACACGCCCAGCCUCUUCCGAUGGCGGCACCAGGCUCGGGUCGAGAGGAUGGAGCAGUUUCAGAAGGAGAAGGAGGAGGUGGACAAGGGGUGCCGGGAUUGCAAGCGGAAGCUAGCCGAAUGCCAGAGGAAAGUGAAAGAGCUUGAAUUGGCUAGCACAGAAAGUACCAAAAGUGAGCUGCAAAGGCUGCAGGCUGAAGCACAGCAACUGAAGAAAGAAGAGAGAAGCUGGGAGGAGAAGGUAGAAGCGCUCAGGAAAAAGGAAAAAACCAUGCCUUGGAAUGUCGACACUCUCAGCAAAGAUGGCUUCAGCAAGAGUGUAUUCAAUGUCAAAUCUGAGUCUCAGGAUGAGGAGUCCGAAGAACAGAAGGAGAAGAAGCACAAAACAUUUGUGGAGAAGUAUGAGAAGCAAAUCAAACACUUUGGAAUGCUGCGGCGCUGGGAUGACAGCCAGAAGUAUCUGUCAGAUAACCCACAUCUUGUGUGUGAAGAGACAGCAAAUUACUUAGUCAUCUGGUGCAUCGAUCUGGAAGCAGAAGAGAAACAUGGGCUGAUGGAACAGGUGGCCCAUCAGACCAUAGUGAUGCAGUUCAUCCUGGAGCUGGCCAAGAGCCUGAAGGUUGACCCUAGAGCUUGUUUCAGGCAGUUCUUCACUAAAAUCAAGACUGCUGACCAGCAAUACAUGGAAGGCUUUAAUGAUGAGCUGGAUUCCUUCAAAGAGCGAGUGCGAGGCCGGGCUAAGGUGCGUAUUGAAAAAGCCAUGAAAGAGUAUGAAGAAGAGGAGCGCCAGAAACGGCUGGGACCUGGAGGCCUUGACCCUGUGGACGUCUAUGAAUCGCUCCCAGCUGAACUCCAGAAAUGCUUUGAUGUGAAGGAUGUGCAGAUGCUACAGGAUGCUAUCAGCAAAAUGGAUCCUGCUGAAGCGAAGUAUCACAUGCAACGAUGCAUUGAUUCUGGCCUCUGGGUGCCAAAUGCCCGAACAGCAGAAGGAGCAGAGAAGGCAGAAGGUGCCUAUGAGGAGCUGAAGAAGGAGAGCUGCGAGGAAGAUAAAGAAAACCCUUGAACCUCUGGCCAGAUGUCUGUAAAGCAGAUUGCCCCUGUCAACCUCUGUCAUUUCUUUCUUUUCCCCCUCACCAAACUGUUCAGCGAUGAUGUGCUUUACACAAGUAGACACUUAAUGGAUUAUAUGAGCUGCUUCCUGUCUGGCACUCUUGCUAACCCCACUGUAACGCCUCCCAAGUCCUGCAGCAUGGUCAGGAAGCUGCUGGAAAUUCUGGUGUUCCAUUUAGCGGGGAUCACGCAGCACAACACAGGCUCCCUGGGGCUUGGCAGAGCAGUUUUGUUUUGCCGUGGUUAAUGCCAGUCUGUGUCAUAGUUACGAAUGUGCUGUUAUACCUUUUUGUUUGGGAACCGGUUAUGGUUGUUGAGCAAAUAAAAAUACUAAAAAUGG